UUGUUUUGUUUUGUUUUGUUUUUGAAAUAAAAUGAUGUAUUCUUGGUAUAGGACAUCAGAUAAAUCAUCAAAGAUGUGUAAAUACAUUUCAAAGCAAAGCAAGAAUUGUGAAAAGAAUGGGGAAAGAUUUUAUCAUGCAGGGUAGACGUGUGAGAAAUCUCAGAAAUUUUAUAUCAAAUUAACACAACAAUGCGAAGAAUUAGAAAGGCUAAAAAUUGUGAAAUAUAAAUUUAAAAAAGAAUUAGAGAAAGUUAACAAUGACUAGACUAACUCAGAAAUAAUAUGCAUUUGGUAUCCAAAAAUAAAAGAAAAAUGGAAAGUAUCCCAGAAGUUCUAUUCGAUAGGUGAGAUUUAUUUGGGGGGGGGAUUUUAAAAUGACUCCAAACCUCUGAGCCUGUGGUGGAUUAAAAAUACAAUUGUUAAAUUUACCAGUUAAAUAAAAUGUUGCUUCCAUUGAUUAUGUCCUGAUACAUUCAUACUUUCAGGAGACCAGGAACAGAGUACUGGAAAAUGCUGUCCUUCCUUUUCGCAAUCCAAGCGAUCGACAAGAAUCCCAACAUUUUGUUCAAUGUCACCCUGGGAUACAACAUCUAUGACAAUUAUUUCACACCACAAAUGACCUCGGAGGGUUUGCUGGACCUGCUUUCGGAGGGGGAGGCCAAUGUUCCCAACUACAGCUGUGGAAGGCAGAGAAACACCGUGGCUGUUCUCGAAGCUUUUGGUAUUGACAUCUCCAUCCAGAUUUCAACCAUGUUGGGAACCUACAAAAUCCCACAGAUCAGUCACGGUUUUGACUCCCAGGUUAUGAGUGAUGAAAAUCCUUUCUUCUACCCAAUGCUCCCAGCUGAAGGAGCCCAUUACCAAGGGAUGGUGAUGCUGGUACUCCAUUUCAGGUGGACCUUGGUGGGUCUCCUUGCUCCAGACACUGAGAAUGGACAACAGUUCAUGAGGACGAUGACUUCCCAGCUAGUCAGGAAUGGCAUUUGCCCAGUUUUAUCACAAACCUUUUCCCCAGUUUCACGGGAAGCGAAGAUAGAGUGGCAUUUAUUCCUCAGUUGGAGAAAGAUCAAUGUCUUUAUUUUUGGUGCAGACUUGAGUUCAUUCAGUUUUCAUUCUUUCCUUCGAACUGCUGAGUUUUACAAUAAUUCCAUCAAUGGGGUAUAUUUGGAUGAGAAUGGAAAGCUGGUAGCAGACCUGGACAUUGGGAACACAGUGGUUUUCCCCAAUUACUCUGCUACCACAGUGACACUUGGGAGGCUAGAAAGAGUGGGAUCCUUGGAUUUCAAGUUCAUGAUGAACCAGAACGCUAUUGCAAAGAUGGAGAUGCUGAACAAGCCCCAGCCUCCUUCCAGGUGUGUGGAAAGCUGUCCUCCUGGAUACAUGAAGGUGGCUCAGGAAGGGAAGCCCAUCUGCUGCUACAAUUGUCGUCCUUGUGCAGAAGGAACCAUCUCCACCAUGGAAGAUGCAGACAAAUGUACCAAAUGUCCAGAAGAUCAACAUCCAAACACCUAUCGAGUUCACUGUAUCCCCAAGAUUAAAAAUUAUCUUUCUUAUAAGGAAAAUCUGGGGAUCAUCCUGACUUCCAUUGCCUUGCCCAGCUGUAAUAUUAACAUUCCCCCUCCAGAUAAGAAACAUGAUCCAUCAACAAUUGACCAAGAGAAACCAGAACACAGAAACUCCAAACUGGCCCUUUGA